AUGGAAGCCAUUGACGGCAAGGCAAAGUUCGUUGUUGAUCGGUGGAUGCGGGACAAAAAUGAGGGAGGAGGUAUUUCGUGUGUGCUUCAGGAUGGGGAAGUGUUCGAAAAGGCUGGGGUUAACAUCAGUGUGAUAACCACCACCCUCUCAGAAGCUGCCAUCAAACAAAUGAAAGAGAGGUUCGUGCUUGUACUUACACAAUCACUGGAGCCAUUCCCCUACCCACCUCACUGCAUUUUGCCCGAAGGAGGAUCGAAAGACUUGGAGAGCGGCGGCAAUUACAAAUUCACCGCCGUGGGCAUCAGCUCCGUAAACCAUCCUCUUCGAGUUCAUAACUGUUUUCAAAUACUUUGCUUUGAUCUUAACCGCAUCACUUUCAAACGUCUCCCUAAUGCUGCUAAUGUGUGUACAAAGACAACUACUCACGCCUGUUUUCUGCAUUGCCAGCGAAAUCCUCAUGCUCCAACAAUGCACUUCAACUUUCGCUACUUCGAAGUGGUUGACGUGGAGACGGGCAAGUCGACCUGGUGGUUUGGGGGUGGCUGCGACCUCACGCCCUCCUACCUCUACGACGACGACGCCAGGCACUUCCAUCUGCCCUUCAAGGCGGCCUGCGAUGCGCACAACCCCACCUACUACGCCGACUUCAAGAAGUGGUGCGAUGACUACUUCUUCAUCAAGCACAGAGGCGAGUUCUGGGUCACCUGGCUCUCCCAACUUCACACACUAAUCCGUCUUUCAUUGUCGAAAUUCUGUCCGGAUUGUGCUGCUGCCGUGGCGCCUGCUUACCUACCAAUUGUUGUAAAACGUCGGAAGAUGCCAUUUACAGCUAAAGAAAAGGAGUGGCAGCUGAUUCGGCGCGGUCGUUACGUGGAAUUUAACCUCAUCUAUGACCGAGGCACCAAAUUCGGCCUCUUCACACCGAACGCCCGCUACGAGAGCAUAUUCGUUUCGAUGCCCCUCUAUGCGAAAUGGGUCUACUGCCACGACCCGUCAGACGAUCCAAGGCACAUCGCCCUGCUGGAUGUGUUGAAGCACCCACGUGAAUGGGUCUAG